AUUUAAACAGAUAAUUGCUUUUAAUUUGCAUUAAAAUAAAAAUCAAAACAAAAUUAUCAGAAAAACAAUCAUAUAUCAAUAAUGUCUUUAAAACAGAUUCAAUAUACUGUACAAAUGAUCUAUGAGCAUGAGUUCAUUAUACAAUUUAUCUGAACUCAAGUUUUUUGGGUUUUUUUGGUUUUCCUACUCUACGUAUGCUCUCGAUGCUCUCUUUGAUGCUCAUUUUUUUACCUUAUACUAUGAUUAUUGGAUAUACUAUUACAUAAUAAUGUUAAGGUAAUAGACUGGAUCAGUUUGUGAUGGUAUGUACAUCUGGAUACACCAUGCAUUUUUUGCGAUAUUAUUGGUGGUGAUUUUUUUACCUGAUUGCUAAGAAAGCAUGAAUGCUUGUAAGCAAGCAACCAGAGGACCGACGGCUUAAGGUCCUCUCCGAAGGACCUGGUACUGAGGAUUAAUGCCUUACCAAAGGGCACUAGCGCACCAAGUGAGAAUCGAACCCAGGUCACCGGAAUACGAGUCCCCCGCUCUACCGACUGAGCUAUCGCGCCUCCUUUUACGAACUUUUCUGAAGUUCAUUCUGCCUGAAAUAUGUACUUGGAUACUCUGGUCCCACUAGCUUACUUUUGAGUGAGUAUAUUCUCUCUACCAGCCCACUUGAUUCUGUUCCACUACACUGUUCUACUAUUCAUGCCUGGAUUAUGAUCUGGAGAAGAAUCCUAUUGUGAUGAGAUUGACUUGCCUAUUGUACAUGGAUUAAUCUUAUUGCUGGUUCAUUCAUAUACUGAUUUGACUUGCUACAAGACUUGCUUCAAGAGAUUUCACAUGUAUAACACUCGCUUAGCAAAGAAGAUGGCUGCCCAAUCUCAGGAAACCCAUGAUAUAUGUGAACAAAUCAGUGAUGAGGUUAGAGAAUACUUCAAGAGCAAAUAAUUCAGGGACUUGUUUAAAGUAUCGUUCGCUGAAGCUAUGACAAGGGAGAUACAAGCUCUUCGUGAACGACUGGAACAUACAGAGAGCAAGGUAAUGGAUCUAGAAACUGAGCUGCAGACACAGGCUUCCAUCUUGACUUCACUACAGAAAGAGAAAGUUUCUACAACAGAUGCCAUCAAGUCACUGAAAGCCAAGUUGAAUGAAGAAGAACAAUAUUCAAGGAGAAACUGCCUCCGACUGUACGGAAUCCCAGAAAGCGAUCAUGAAGACACCGACGCAGUGAUGCGUUCACAUCGUGUUGGUGCUCCUCGUCGUCCAGUGGAUAAGGAGAAGCCUCCACGACCUACAGGUAUCAUCGUCAAGUUUUCAUCUUACCGAGUUCGCAACUUAGUCAUCAAGAAUCGCAAACAACUUAAAGGAAAACACAUAGGAAUUGAGGAAGACUUGACAGCAACAAAUAGAAUCUUGCUUCAAAAAGCAAAGGAUGAAAUGAACAACAACAGUAAUGUGACUGCUGCUUGGUCCACGGAUGGCAAGAUUACUGUUCUGGUGAAAGCAACGUAUGGAAGAUCUGUGAAGAAAAGAAUAAACUCUGUCGAUGAUCUAAAGAAAAUAGGAUAAUGUCAUCAUUUAGAACUGCACAGGCUGAUGCAACAUUAUACAAGUAUCUUUAUGCUCACAUUAUAGAACAAUGAACAAUAAAAAAUGUUAUAUGACGUAUGAGCAUGUACAAUGUAUUACAUAAGUCUAGUUGUUAUCCAUUUGUACUACCAAUUCAUUUUAUAUUUUGCACACUAUUUUUUUGCAUUGUAAUUACUAGAGUAUUGUUGUAUUAUGUCAUGUACUUGUCUUUUAUGUAAUAGGCAAAUAUCUACUACUUGUAAUAAUUGCUUUCUUUGUAAUAGAAACUCAAGGCAAUAUGAAUCUUUAGCUUCUUUAAAUAAUGAAGAAUUUCUUCCUGAUAACAAAAUUUAAACUCCUGACGAAUUUCAAGAAUGUACAAAGCAUUUUGAUAAUUGUUCUACUGUUACUUUAUUUCAUUUUAACUGCCGCAGUAUAAAACGCAAUUUCGAUAAUUUUGUUAACUGUAUUCAAACGUUAUAUAGACCUAUGUCAAUUAUCGGUGUCACUGAAACUUGGCUCAAGAGUGACGAUGAUGAUACAAUUUUUUCUCUUCCACAAUAUUCUUUCUUAAAAAAUACUAGACAUGGGAAAAGAGGUGGUGGAGUAGGAAUAUAUAUUCAUAAUAAAAUAAAAUUCAAAAGAAGAACAGACUUGGAAGUAUUUACUGAUGCUGUUGAGACAGUUUCAGUUGAAAUAUAUAAUAAAGUAAAAAAUAUUAUAGUUCUUGUUAUGUAUAGACCACCUCACCAUGGUGUACAAUCUUUUAUUAAUGAUAUACAAGCACCUCUAAAUAGUGUUAUGGGUGAGAGGAAGGAAGCUAUCAUUAUGGGUGACUUCAAUGUUGAUCUGUUGAAACUGGAUGUUAUAUCCUAUGUUAAUGAUUUCAUUGAUAACUUUAUAUCAUUUUGUUAUAUACCACAAAUAUUUAAUCCCACACGUAUUACUUCACAUUCUGCAACUACCUUAGAUAAUUUUUUUUGGUAAUAAUCCAGAAAAGGUAGAAAUGAGUGGUAUUAUCACAACAGAUGUGAGUGAUCAUCUCACUCCUUUUAUUAUAAUUUCAUCUCAAAUGUAUUAUUCAACAUGAGAUUUCAGUGAUGUCAACAUAGAUAAUUUUUGUCUUAAAUUGAUGUCUGUUAAGUGAAAUUUCUUAGAUCAUAUUGAUGAUGUAAAUCAAAAGUAUGAAAGUUUUAUUGAAAUAUACAUUAAAUAAUAUAAUGAUUGUUUCACAGAGAAAAGAAUGAAAAUAAAGAAACAUAAAAAUAUUAAACCGUGGAUUACUAUAGAUAUUAAAAAAAUGAGUAGACAUGAACAUAUAUUAUACAAAAAAUACCUUAAAAAUCCCACAAUCUAUCGCAAAACCACUAACAUUAAUUUUAGAAAUAGAUUGAAUAAUACAAUACGCGAUACAAAACGUAAUUAUUAUGACAAUAAGUUAUAUCAAUGAUCUGCAAUAUGUUUUCUUACUCUAAAAAAUUGCUCCCAAAAUAUUUUAAUGAAUACUUUGAAUAUAACAUCAACAUAAAUAAAUAUUGCACAAGAAAUGCCAAUAAAAUGUAUGUACCUUUUUACCAUUAUAAUUUUUCAAGAACAACUGUCAGUUUUAAAGGCCCAGUCUUGGAAUCUCUUGCCAGAUGACCUCAAAGAAAGUCAAACUACUUGUUCUUUUAGGAGAAAAUAUAAAUUGUAUUUACAUAAGUUUGAAUAUGAAUAAUUUAAUUUUUAAUUUAUUGCCUUUUAUGUUGUUUUAUGUUGUUAGCUUUGUGUUUGUAAUGUGUUAUUUUGUAUUAUUUUUUUAAGUGGGGUAAAUUCAGGGAUUUACCUUGACAGGCCAAUGGCCUUUUGUUUAUCCCCCACAUCCUCCUCACUUCAUCUUUACCAUUUCUUUUAUAAUGUUAUGUAUAAUGUAUGUUGUAUAUUAUAUUGAUUUGUAAACUUGAUCUUUUGAUGUUUUUAAAGAGAUGUGAAUAAAAUUGAAUUGAAUUGAAGUUUAAUAAUGAUCUGUUCAAACUAUUACAUAUGUAAAUAUCCCUCAACCAUUUUCUUAUAAUGUGAAUAACCAUGUUACCAAGGGAUUAAUUUUCUAUAUGAGAAAUCAGUAUUGUUUUGACUCGCAUUCAUUCAAUUUAGUAAGCUCAAGAGUCAACCUAAUAUAAUGCAAUUAAUGCAAAGUGUUUGGUAUGGUAAAACAACUGUAGCCCAUAUACACACAUGUAGUACAGGUACAUGUAUACAAAGUUACAAAGAGGGAGGGAGAGCAAGUGAGUGAAAACAAGUUUGAAAAGAUUUGAAAUGAAUUUUAUGUGCUCAUGAACUGAAAUACAUGUGACUAAGUGCAUCCAAUCAUUUGACCGGGAUCUUAGAAUGAUUUGUAAAGAAUAGAAUACCUGCAAAAGCACUGUGGAAGUUCACCACUGCCAUAUAGGGUCCAUAAGAAAGCAGUAUUUCCAUAGCGACCUAAUGAACUCAGAAAAUAUUUCAUAGCUUGAAGUGCCUGAAAAUACAUCAAAAUAGAAAGCAAAAGAUCAUCCAAAUUCAUGACGCAAUAGGUUUGCACUCCUUUCAAAACUCUGAAAGGACGUUUCACAGUUGAUUGACAGGAAAAGUCACCUAAUCUAUGUGAUGCCAAGGGUUUUUUUUGUUGUUUUUUUUGCAAACUGGUGUUUCAAUCAGCAUUUUAAUUAGAAAUAUAGAGUGGAAGUGAUUGUGAUCAUUAUUAUUAUAUAUCAUCAUCAUUAUAUUUAUGAAAAUAUCAAUAUAGAAAAUAUCUGAUAAUUAAAUUGUUACCUUAUGAGUGGGAGUGUCUGCACAAGUCAUUGCAAUGGAAUGAAUAACAAAGUGUUGAAGAGUUGCACUCAACUUGCGGGAGUGAAGAAAAUCUGCAAAUGGCUUGUCUGCGUAUUCUGCAUUGUGAGGUCAAUAAUAAAAAUACCAAGUUUCAU